AAAGCAGGAAAACUUCCGCGUGACGUCACUGAGGUGGGACAAGAGCUCGCUUUGCCCUUGUGUUGCGAAUUAAUGCGGUCUCGGUUUUAUUAAACAGUCAGUGGGUUUUAUUAAGUUCAACUUUUUCAGUGCUGUCAUGUCUCUUGCUGCAGAGGCGUUCGUCUCUCAAAUUGCAGCUGCAGAGCCAUGGCCUGAAAAUGCUGCUUUGUAUCAACCUCUUAAGGAGGAUCAAAUCCUGCUGUCAGAUUCAGCAUCCUCCCUGGCAGUCCAGACAUUCCUGAGGAUGUGUGGUCUGCCAGUACAGGUGUGCUGCCGAUCCAAUGCUGAAUACAUGUCACCAUCAGGUAAGGUUCCUUUCAUCCAUGUCGGGAAUCAGGUUGUGUCAGAAUUGGGGCCGACUGUGCAGUUUGCAAAGGCAAAGGGUCAUUCCCUGAGUGAUGGGUUAGAUGAUGUCCAGAGGGCAGAGAUGAAAGCUUACAUGGAGCUGGUCAAUAACAUGCUAUUGACUGCAGAGCUGUAUAUCCAGUGGUGUGAUGAUUUUACUGCUGCAGAGAUCUCCAGGCCCCGAUAUAGUAGUCCAUACUCAUGGCCACUCAAUCACAUUCUGGCCUAUCAGAAGCAGUGGGAGGUGCGGAGAAAGAUGAACGCGAUUGGAUGGGCCGGAAAAAGCCUGCAGCAGGUAUAUGAAGAUGUGAGUCAGUGUUGUCAGGCUUUGUCACAGCGACUGGGAACCCAGCCCUACUUUUUCAACAAACAGCCGACUGAACUGGACGCUCUGGUGUUUGGUCAUCUCUUCACCAUACUUACCACACAGCUUACCAACGAUGAGCUAGCAGAGAAGGUUAAAUCCUACACCAACCUAUUAUCUUUCUGCCACCGUAUUGAACAGACUUAUUUUAAAGAACACGACAGAGAUAGCCAAUCCGGGUCCUCACGUUAUUCCAAAGGCUCGCUCCCCUAAACAACGCCCCUUUGACAGAUGCUACUCCCUUCACACCAAAAUGAUUGACAGCUCAUCCUACAGCUCUGUAUAGAAGGUAUUACAUAUGGUAUUGCUAUUUAAGAGUUCUGGUGAUAUUGAUACAUGCAAUUAAAUAGUUUGUUAAUCAAGUUCCAAAAAUGCCUGGUCAGAAUGCCAUUAAAGGAAUUUGCCUGCCAGAACACAUUUAGAUUUGUGUAUAGGAUUUAAGUUGAUGUAAACUCUUUUCACUGUGUGAUGUAAUCUGUAAAUGGGAAGUGCCUACAAAAUAUAAUAAAUAUCAAGUCAGAAGUC